CGAUUGAAAUUUGUGCGUUUCGAAGUUUUGUCGCAGAGGCUCAAUUCACCAAGAAAGUGAAAGUGAAUGAAUGACGGUGGUUCCUUUGAGCUAGAGGAGACUGAGUUACUGAACAGCACUCUCCAGGCUCCUGAUGCUCAUUACCGUAACAAACUAGCAGCUAGCUACAAUGCGAUCAAACAGCCUGAAAGCUGAUUUCCUCCUGAGCACAUCAGACUGUGAAAUAUGAAUACAGAUAUGCAGGUCGAGCUGGACUCGAUCGAGGCCGAGCUGGACACAGUGGAACUGCAGCUCGCAGAGAUCCUGCAGAAAAAGGCUGAGCUCACUUCUCGGAAGAAUGCCCUGCUGCAGCAGCUGGAGGAGGCCUGUGACACUGCACAGCCUUUGUCUUCUUCUGCCUCAAAGGCAUCUGAAGCCAAGCCAGCGAUGAGCAAGCAGGAAAUGCAACGAUAUGAUGGCACAGAUUUUCCAUGGUCCAGCAACGUGGAGCAGCACCUGAAGGCCACAUUCCAUCUCUCUAACUUCAGACCUUUGCAGCUGAAAGCCAUCAACCUGACCAUGUCAGGCAAGGACCUGUUCCUGGUCAUGCCCACAGGAAGAGGGAAGAGUCUCUGCUAUCAGCUUCCUGCAAUCUGUUCUAAUGGCUUUACACUGGUCAUCACUCCACUUGUAUCCCUGAUGGAGGACCAGUUGAUGUACCUGAAGACUAUUGACGUGUCGGCAGUCAUGCUCAAUGCAUCCAGUAGCAGAGAGCAUGCUAAGAUGGUCAUGGCUGGAAUGACAGAUCCAAAGGCCCCCUUCAAGCUGGUGUACGUGACUCCAGAGAAAAUUGCUAAGAGCAAGCUCCUAAUGUCUCGUCUGGAGAAAGCCUACAAAGCAAACCUCCUGAAUCGUAUUGCUGUUGAUGAGGUGCACUGUUGCAGCCAAUGGGGUCAUGACUUCAGACCAGAUUAUAAGAUGCUAGGCAUCCUGAAGAGGCAGUUCCCCAAAGUGCCCCUCCUUGGCCUCACAGCCACAGCAACCAGUAGUGUCCUGAAAGACUGCGAGAAGAUCCUGUGUGUGCCACAGGCAAUCACGCUUACUGCUUCCUUCAAUCGAACUAAUCUCUACUAUGAAGUUCGUAUAAAGGAUUCUGUCAGUGAAGCAUCAGUAAAUGACAUAGCUGCUCUGAUCAAGAGUAAAUACAAGGACCAAUCAGGAAUUGUGUAUGUAUUCUCUCAGAAGGAUGCAGAGUUGGUGUCAGCAGAACUCCAGAAAAGAGACAUCUUGGCAUAUCCUUACCAUGCAAACAUGGACUCUGAGGACAAGUCCCGGGUUCACCGCAAAUGGACCUCCAACAAAAUUCAGGUUGUGGUAGCCACUGUGGCAUUUGGCAUGGGCAUUGACAAGCCUGACGUCAGGUUUGUCAUCCACCACACCAUCAGCAAGUCCAUUGAGAACUACUACCAAGAGAGUGGACGGGCAGGUCGAGAUGACUCUCCGGCUGACUGCAUUGUCUAUUUCGGCUUCGCUGAUAUCUUCAGGAUCAGCACCAUGGUGGUGAUGGAGAAUGUUGGUCAGCAGAAAUUGCUACAGAUGGUAGAUUACUGCCAGAAUGUUAACAGGUGUCGGCGCUCUCUCAUGGCAGUUCACUUUGAUGAAGUGUGGGAUGAUGAAGGAUGCAACCAGAUGUGUGACACUUGCAGUCAAGCAAAAGAUUACCCCACUGUGGACAUUACCCAACAUGCCAGGCAAGUGGUGCAGAUUGUGGAGCUUGCAGCCUCCAUGGAUGAGAAACUGACCCCACUGAAACUGGUGGAUGCAUGGAUGGGGAAAGGCCCUGCAAAGCACAGGAAGAUGAUUCAGACCACCACGCUGUCUCGGCGACAGGCUGAAGUUGUGAUUGUUCACCUGCUCCUGCAGGGAUACCUCAGAGAGGAUUUCAGCUUCACACCUUACACCACCUACUUCUACAUGAAGCUGGGCCGCAAAGCUUCUCUGCUGAAGAACCCGACACACACACUGAGCGUGAAGAUGAGAGAUGCAGAGGCCGGAGCUGCUUUGGACACCUCAGCUGUUAAAGUGAAUGAAGAGGAUGUCAAUAUGACCUUAGACUCCACUGUUGUGGAGGACAGCUGUCCCCCACAACCUAAACAGAUAAUAUUUAAAGAAAAGAGGAACGUAUCGAGAAGACAAGACCUGAAGCCAGUCAGCCAGACAAACAAGCAGAUGGCGAGACCGGACAGAUAUGGGAAGGCAGAGGAAAAGAAGAAUAAACCUAUCGUAUUUCAACAUAUAAUUGAGGCGGAUGUUGAAAUGAACAGAGUACAUCAUGUAGGAAUCAGUGAUUGUCAGAAAACACCGUCACAUUCAGAUAAACCUUGUUCCAGUUGCAAAUCCAGCACCCCUCAGAGAAUGCGAAGGAAAGCUUGUGCUCACACAGCAGCAGCCACAGGGCAUGUUCCCUGUCCAUCCACCCAUAUCACUGUGCCUAGCUCUCCUUCCCAGACCUCCAUCAUCUCUGACACAGCAGCUGAGGAGCUCUGCGACCUCAGGAAUUAUUAUGGCGAACAGCUGAGGAGAAUAAACUACAUUUCCCACGAGUACUUGGGGCAGCCCACACAUCCAGGAGUGCUGGCCUGUAUCAGGGAGCCUUUGAAGAGCCUCCGCCUGCCCCGUGGACUGAUCAUUGCCCAGACAGCUCGAACCCUGUGGACACGCAUCAGUGGCAGGAGAAAGCUGGUCCGCUGCUGACUUUUGUUACUGUUUAAAUAUAAAAAUAAAAUGAACUUUGUUUGGAAGUCUCGUAUAUUUUUAUAUUUAUUAUUAUAUAGAUGGAAGAGAGAGAAAUUACCUACCUCGUGUCAAACCAAUGUUUUAUGGCCCCCGUGUCAAAUGAUUUGUGCCUCAGGAAAUUGUAAUGGAAGUAAUAAAAGUUAAUUUUCUAUUUUCAUGAAUAUGAUGAAAUUAUGAUAUUACAUAACUCGGUAAUAAUCAAUCAUAUGCGCAAAAAUUAUGAUCAUGAAAAUGUAGACGAGGAUGAUGAGUAGGAUGUUUGAGAUCGUUGGAGUUUGUCACUUUAAGCCAAAAAGUUUAAGACAAAGACAAAAUUAAGACAAAAAAUUGCCAACUCAAACAUUCUGAGAUGAGCUUACACACUUGCUUUACUUCUCUGGGAUAACUUUCUCGUAGAUUAAAUGCUGGUUUGGAAGCACGUAGCGAGGCUCCAAAUGCUGAACCAGACCAGGUCUCACACGCCACAGACACUCUAUCACGAGAUGCAUACUCCUCCGACAUGCUAAGGUUAUGAGCUGGGUUGCUAUGUUGCAAGUUUUGUGAGGUGCUUUUGUGAUAUUGAAUUGAUCGGAUUACAUUUUUUAUUUCUCUCCGAUAUCCAAUCCAGUAAUUUAGGUCAGUAUCGGACCGAUACGUAAUAUCGGAUCGGUCCAUCUCUACUUAUGUUGAGGAAGAAAUCCCCUUAAAAUGGGUGUUUCAGCAGGACAAUGACCCCAAACACACCAGCAAGCGGGUAACAUCCUGGCUGCAGACCGAAAAGACUGAUGUAGCGAAGUGGCCAGCCCCUUCUCCUGACCUCAAUCCGAUUGAGAAUUUGUGGAAUGACCUCUAAAAUUCUGUUUUUGAUGCAAAACCCAAAAAUGCAGAAGAUCUGUGGAUUGUAGUCCAGUCAGCCUGGGCUGCAAUUUCUGUUUGCAGGUGUUAAAUGUUAGUUGACUACGUGCCACACAGAUGCAAAGCAGUGACCAGAAAUAAUGGUUAUACACCUAAAUAAUCAGUGCUUAAAGGAAAAGCAAAAUCCUCAUUUUAUUUUCAGUUUAUACUGUAAAUAUUCCAGUUUGUAAAUUACAU